GAAAACCUAGCACAGGAAGCACGUGACUUCUGAGAAGGGGAAAAGGGGAGAAGCUUGAAUUAACAUACGCAUAACCUGAGAGCAGCUGCAGCACGAGUUUCUCAUCCACCUGUCACCUCUCAAGGUGCACUGGACCCCUGGCCACCCCUCCUUCCCCAGCACAAUCACUCCGCUUAGCAGAUGCCAGGCAACCCUCGGCUCUUCCCCGCGAGCCUGUGGACGCUACUGGAGAUGGCCCCUUAUGGUUGCUGGGGCCUGCCCGUGGCCCUUCUCACCCUGCUCUGCUGCCCAGGGUCUGGGGAGAAGACGUUCAAGGUAUACAUGUGCCCAGAGGAGGUAGUGGUGAAGCGUGGAGAGUCCCAGAAGAUCAACUGUAGUACCAGUUGUCCCCAGCCUGAGGCCGGUGGUCUGGAGACCACCCUAAGCAAGGAACUGCUGCAUGAGCAAGCUCAGUGGAAGCUGUUCUUAGUCUCCAACGUCUCCCACAACACACUCAUGCAUUGCUACUUCACCUGCGGCGGGAAACAGAUGUCCAAGACUGCCAACGUCAGUGUGUUCUACCCUCCAAAGGAAGUGCUGCUGAAGCUGCAGCCCACCUGGGUGAAUCUGGGCGGAUCCUUCACCAUUGAGUGCAGGGUGCCUGAUGUGGUACCCCUUGAGAAACUCACCCUCACCCUGCUCCAUGGCAACAGAACCCUGCACAAGAAGACCUUUGCGGGGGCGACAGCUGGCCUCCAAGAGGCCCUAACCAUACAUAACACCACGGCUCACAGGGAAGACGGCAACCACAACUUCUCCUGCAAGGCUGAGCUGGACCUGAAGUCUCUCGGCCAGAGCAGCAUUUGGAAAGUCUCCGAGCCCCAGAUGCUCAAGGUCCAUGUGCCCUGGCCAGACAACCAGAUGGUCAUCAUCAUCACAGUUGUGUCAAUGCUACUAUUCUUAUUUGUGACAUCCAUCCUGCUGUGCUUUAUCUUUGGCCAGCAGUGGCAUCAGAGGCGGAGAGGCGUCUACGGGGUGCAAGCAGCGUGGAGGAGCCUGCGACGGGCCUACCGGGUACAGGCUGCAUGAGCGGUGUGGCCACCACCACGGCAGCCACUGGAACUCAGUGUGGCUCCUCAGGGUUGUGGUCCAGCCCUGGCUGAAGGACUGUGACAAGCAGCAGAGGACUUGGGAGAACAUUUCUUUUUCUAGUCUGAAUACAAACAGCUGGACUUAAUCCUGUGCCUCAGUGUCUCCUCCUGAGAGAACACUCAGUGGCCGGGAAGGUGACGCAUCAGGCCUGGAUGUUCUCUCCCCGAAUGUCUCCUUGGCAUCCCUCUACCCACUCCUUCACAGGGGCCUUCCAGAGCCCCGGCCAGCUCAGGCCUACGGUACCCCCAGGCUGACCAGCCCAGGCACCAGACACCCACCCUCAUUGGGCCCUGAGUGACAAAUUCCUCCAGCGGGAGGGCUAGAGAAAUGCACCUGGUCUGGCAGGGAAGGGCAGAGACCUUCUGUUCCCACAUGCGCCUCCAGGAACUUGGGCCACUCCCUGUCGGAGCAGGGCAUGGCCAACAAAGCCAGCUUCCUGGGUUGAGGGUGGGGGCCCGAAGGGAACUGGAUCAGCUCCAGGACCCUCCCACUCAGGACUCUGCCCCAUCACUCUGGGCCUUUAGAGAAUUGUGGACAACAAAAGCAGUCCUCUCACCUCCUGCUCCAUUAUUAGGCCAAACGGAGACCCUGCAGCCUUCCCAGAGAGAGGGGUGAGGGCAGGAGGUCUAGGGUGUUCUCCUGGUGCAGGCAAGAAACAGUGGGGCAGCAUUGGGUUUUCAUGUGGUUUCCAGGCCCUUAAAAGUGCUCUAACAAGC